AAUAGAUGACUUUAAAUUUUUAAUUACUAUAAUAAAGUAUUUAAAAACAAAAUAUUACGCGAGUAUUGUGAUAGAAAAUUGAUAUCACGUUUUCCCUCCAAAAACGAGCAGAUAGUAUUCCUCGAUAUUUAUUAUUUUUUCGAGUAUUUGUGUUAGUGUCGUUUGUGUCUUUGUUUUAAUUACGAGAUUACCUAUACUUGGUAGCAUAAGAUUAAAGAUUUAUAAAAUGGUCAAAUGUUGCGUGGUUGGGUGUACUUCGGGGUAUAAGAGUAACACUGAAAAAGUUCACCAAUUUUGUGUGCCGAAAAAUGAAGAUCUCCGAAUAAAGUGGGCAAAAGCAAUACCUCGAAAAGAUUUGGUAUUUACGAAAAAUACAUAUGUUUGUGACAAGCAUUUUAAUGAAAAUCACAUAAUAAAGUUUUGGUCUUCGGGUGAUGUUAAAAUUCCAUACAAACAAUGGAGACUUGUCGAAGGAGCCAUUCCUACUAUUUUUUAUGGUCCCUCAUAUCUUUCUAAAAAAUAUGUUACACCUAGAAAAAUUAGAAAAGCUUAUUUUAUAAAAACCUAAUUUACAGACUUAUCUGUUAAUUAAAUAAUUCAAACCAGGUUGAACCAAUGAACAAUUUAACAUUCAACAUUUUUACUUAGAACAAUUUUUUACAGAACUUAACUGCUUUUUUGUUUAAGUACAAAACUACAAUCUAUUGUAUGUUUUACAUGUAAAAGUCGGGUCGACUACUACUAGCGCUUUUAGUUCACUAGUCACACCACUUGUACAUGUGAUAACGUGCCGUGCUCCAACCUUAGUAGAUAACCGUGCUAUCGAUCAAGUAUGAUUUAAGGAGUGACAGUGGCUCAAGUAGUUUAAUGAUAAAUUCCAUGUACCAUACUUUGUCAAAAGUCUUAGCUACGUCAAGGAACACUCCAUGGCAGUAUUUUUUUGUCAAGAGAUAUGCUAAUAACAUUAAUGAUGACAUGAUGGACUUGAUCAAUUUUUCAAACUUUUUUGCUGAUUCCUAACUGUAAGAUAACGUGAUUUCUCUAUGAUUAGACUUAGACGUUUAAGUAGAACUUUUUCUAAAAGUUUAGACAUACUUUGAAAGGAUCAUAUCAGUCGGUGUAAGGUGACAUCUUCCUAUGUUUUUCCUGGUUUGAGCUACAUGAUCACUUGUGUCCAUUUUCGUUGUUUGUUACGUAUUUCGUGCGAAAAAUAGCAUUGUAUAUCGUAUAUGGCGUGAGAAACUUUGGAAGCUCUGAGUAGUUUUGGACUAAUUUCAGCAAAGUCUGAUGCUUUUUUGAAGUUAAAGUUAUUUACUUUAGUUACUUAGAAAUGCUUAACGGAGUGAAAUAUUUUAUUUUUUCACGUGUAUAAUUAAACUCUGAGUCUAUGGAGCUAUAUAGAAAUACUCGGUUUUUACUUGUUUGCUGUAUUCCCGGGCUCCGGGUGUCGUCUUCCUUACGAUGGGCGAUACCUGAACAGUUUUCAUGUGCCUUGUGACUUUCCAUAACGAAUUAAUUGUUUUUCUCCGUUACUCAAGUAUGAUUUGAACAUUGCAUUUCUUUGAUUUUGUAAUUUCGCUUACAAGGGUCCAUUAAGUUUUAUCCGGUUUGUUGCUGUGUACUAAUACCAUAUUCUCCUCACUUCUCACUUUGUUGGACCAUUUUUUUUAUGUUCAAUGGUUAGGUAAUCUAGUACCUAUUGGAGCUGCUAUUUUCGCCGUAUUAACAAUGCCAUUGGUUAAUUUGUAUUACUGCAAUUUCAAUGUCUACUAUUGUUCUUAGUCGAGUUGAAAAAGUUGUAGUUUCAUCGAAGUUAAUUCUGAAUAGGUCCCAACUUGUUAUUUUGUUUUCUUUAGUUUCACUAUUACUAUUGUUAAUUUGAGUUUAGUGAGAAAAGCACGGGGAUGUGAACGUCACUUAGCUCUGCUAGCUCCAUAAUUUUAUUAAGUUCUUUUCCUCACGUGGAAGUCAAUAAGGUCAGGUAAUUUAUUUGGGCCAUUCAGCUAGUAGGUCGGUUUUCUAGUUGAGAUGAAUUGUGUUUUAUUUGUGUUUGGUAUAAACAAUUCAUGCCCUUUGGUGGUGAUCAAUCUCGAUGCUUGAUAUUAUAAUUUUCUCCAUCAAUACUAUUAAUCUGUUAAAAAUCUACUUUAUCCUGGACAAUACAUAGUAAAGAUAAUAAGAUGUCUUCUUUAUUUCUUUAAUGUGGACACUAGUCCAGAUGAAAAUAUUAUUGAGGGUUUUUAUCAAGUUCGCAGUGCUUAAUUAACUAUUUUAUUAUUACUGCAGUUCCUCCAUGACCGCGAUUUCUUGGAUGUUCUCUUAUAUAUAUCUGAUAGCCACGUCAUUCGGAACGGUCCUUGGUGACUAGAGGGUUUUCUGAAAUUAAAGGUAUGUUAAUUUGUUCAUAAUUCAUUUCUUCUACGUUUUGGUUUUCGGCUGGUUUUUUUAAGCCUGUCUUAUCUAAUAUUAUUUUGUUAGUGUUGACACUGCUGACACUACGUCAGACACCGAUUAUAUAUAAUUUUGUCUGUUGUGCAUUGGUUGAGUGUGUGGACCCUUUUGUUUUUCUUUCGUAGAAUAAGCCAUCAACAAGCGGAGCACCCUUUCUAAUUUACAGCUUGUGCUUCACCACAAUUUCCACAUUUUAUCUAUGAUUUCUUAAACUUAAGGUAAUUUAUGUUAUUAUGUUUUUCAUUACAC